CAACACUGUGCCCAUUUUGUUGUGAAUUAUUGUUAAUUUUAUUUUUAAUCGAAUUUCGUAUAAAUCGUGCAUAGGUGUGGAAGUACUAACGGACAGAGAGUGCAGCAUGUGCCAGUUCCAGUUGUUAUAAAUACGUAUAUAUAUCUAUAUAUAAUAUCAAUAAACUGUAACACGAAAACGAAUACGUCUUAGAAAAUGACCAUGGGCGAGCGUGAGCCAACUUCGUCUCUCGUUCUGCCCGUUAUACUGAGGCCUAUUUUCACACAGUUGGAGCGACGCGACGUUGGCGCGGCACAAUCAUUGCGCUCGGCCAUAUUAAAAUCGGAGCAGAAUAAUCCGGGCUUCUGUUAUGACCUCGUUGCGUCGAUCGUGCGACGCGCCGAUCUAAAUGUCAACCUAAAUGAGGCCGUCUUGCGUUUGCAGGGCAACAUUACCGAGGCAGACCUUAAUGAAUAUCGCUUAACACGCACUGAAGAACCGUUCCAGGAGUUGAAUCGCAAGUCGGUGGCACUCAAAGUGAUACUCAGUCGCAUACCAGAUGAGAUCAAUGAUCGCAAGACCUUUCUCGAGACCAUCAAGGAAAUUGCAAGCGCCAUAAAGAAGCUGCUCGAUGUGGUCAACGAAAUUGGUUCGUUUAUUCCGGGAGUUACGGGCAAACAGGCUGUCGAGCAGCGUAAAAAGGAGUUUGUUAAAUAUUCAAAGAAGUUCAGCACAACGCUGAAGGAAUACUUCAAAGAAGGACAACCGAAUGCAGUAUUCAUAAGUGCACUUUUUUUAAUAAGGCAAACGAAUCAAAUAAUGCUGACAGUUAAGAGUAAAUGCGAGUAGAAAAUUAAAUGUUUUAAUUAAUGCAAAA